AACAGACACGAGAUACAGUGGUUACACUGAAUUAAUUAAUUAUUACAAAAAGUACUGUAAAGAAAAAGUGGAAAGAACACUAUGACUUAUGCAAUGGGUGUUUUCAAUCUCUCUUUAAAUGUGUCUCCAAGACCAAAUACAAAGAGAGAAAUUCAUUUAAAACCCUAAUAUCCAUUGUUGAAAGUCUCUUUGGCACAACACAAAACACAGCAUAUAUGGCCAUCCCCUAAAGAAAAUGAAGAUGAAGAACCCUCUGAACGAUAUGAAGAUCUCACCAUAAAGGGUUUUCAGAGGUUUGGAUUCUCUUUAGGGGAUGGCCUAAACACACAAGAGUACUCUCAAAAGGUAAGAAGAAAAAAGAUAUCUCUUGGAGAUUAUGAUAAUGAAAAUAUGAAUUUGUGUUUAUGUAGGUGUUGUGUGAAUGAUAAUCAUCAUCAUCUUUAUCAUUAUGGUGAUGAUGAGGAUUGUGUGUGAAUGGAGCGAUGAAGAUUGCAUGAAGGUUGAUGAAGACAAGCUCUUGAUUUGUCUUUUGUAUCUCCCUCGUUAGGGCAACUUCGAUCCUUUGGCAAGCUUCGGUUCCCCUCGGAAUCAGCAGAUUAUUACUAUCUUACUCCUUUGUCUAUGUGCUUCGUUUAGUUUGUUUCCCUUUUGGUUUGGCUUACUGUUUUUUAUUUCGUAUGUUUGUGCUUGAAUGUGUGUGUGUUGUAAUCCCCUGUGAUGCACACCACUCACGUGUGUCCCUAUCUAUGUGAGGAAUAAACGAAUAUUCGGUUUCUUAUA